CGUCGUCCGACACUUGUUGCCGCCGGGGAAGCCGCUGCAGUCAUUUCCCGCGGGCUCACCCUCGCCGCCCCAGUUUCCAUUUAAUCCCGGCGGCUCCUGCAGGAUCCUGCGCUUCCCCUUUGCCUUUUCAGUUUCGGCAUCGCGAUCCAGCAUGUCUGUGUGCCCCGCAGUCUCUCCUGAUUUCCGCCAGCGUGUUAGGAGCGGGCUUCUUGGGCUGAGGAGCGUAAACCACAUCAGCAAGGUUUGCUCUGAUGUGGAGGCAUCUGUGGCAUUUUAUCGCGACUGCUUGGGCUUCAUGCUGGUCAAGCGCCCCGAGACUUUCAAUGAAACUUUUGAGGGAGCAUGGCUGUGGGGCUACGGCAUGGGGCUGCACCUCAUCAAGGGCCAGCCCGUCCCGCGCAGCAAGCACAUUGACCCGAAGAGCGACCACCUGUCCUUCCAGGCUGACUCCCUCGAGGAGGUGGAGGUGCAGCUGCGUGCCCUUGGCAUUCCCUUUGUGCGGCAAGUGGUGGUGGAGGAUGGAAUUGAGAUGUCCCAGCUGUUCUUCCACGACUGUGACAACAACAUGAUUGAGGUAUGCAACUGCGACUGCCUGCCCGUCAUCCCGCUGGAGCUGGGCUGCCCCCAGGCCUGCACGUUGGGCCAUGCUUGCGCAUCCAAGACGUGCGGCCAACACCAGCCUAGCUGCAGAAGCCAUGCAGAUGAGGACGAGGAGAUGAGCAGCGAUGGGUCCCGUGACAGCCUUGACAGCAGCCGCUCCGAGCACCACCACCACAACCCGGACCAGUUCCACACCGCCCUGGCACUGCUGCCAGCCAACAGGUGACAUUCACCAAUCCAUCAAACAGGUACACCCUACGAGUCACCUGCAAAUUCAUGACUUGAUUGAAACGCACCAACACAUGGCGCUCGACUGUCCCUCCUGCACAACAGUGCCCUGUGUUCAGUCGCCCCAGUUUUCCUUCAAAUGCCCCCUUCUUUCUUGACACACGGCUCAGCCUACGACAGGCUGAGUGCAACUCGCUGCCAAUAGCCUGCGUGCUCCCGUUUUCCGCGCCUGGCCAUGAGUUAGUUUUGUUUGCCUAUCUAGCUCGCUCUUCCGCUUCAGCUGUGCUGGUGCCUAGUGAGACCACACAUAAACACGCACACACACCUUGGCAAUUGUCUACUUGUUUCCUGUCGCCGCUUGCGGCUACAUAGCGUCCUCAACAGUCUACCUCAUGAGGCAAGUUAUAGGCCGCACAAGUCGGAUGGCUCUGAGAGCCACUUGUAAUGCACAGGCAGAUU